CCCCCGCCCGCCGCAGGAGGCGGGGCGUCGCCGCCGCCAUCUUAGGCGCGUUCGCCGCCGUCACCCGCGGUGUGUGGGCGUGUGUGGCUGGCGGCCAGCUCGUCCUCUCGUCGCCGCGUAGAGUUGGGGAGCGAGGAGGAAGGCACCACUGCUGGAGUUACUGUCACUUUGUCAUACAUUUAGAGAAGACAAUGUCCAACGUGCCAGUGGCUGUGGUGACUGGGUCCAACAAAGGGAUUGGAUUCGCAAUUGUGCGGGCUCUGUGCAAGCAGUUCCCAGGGGACGUGUACCUGACAGCCCGAGACCCUGGCCGUGGCCAGGAAGCAGUGGCAAAGCUCCAGGAGGAAGGGCUGCGUCCACUCUUCCAUCAGCUGGAUAUCGAUGAUCUGCAGAGCAUCAGAGCUCUCCGUGAUUUCCUAAAGGAGAAAUAUGGAGGGCUGAACGUGCUGGUUAACAAUGCAGGGAUUGCUUUCAAAGUUCAUGACACAACUCCAUUUGCAGUCCAAGCAGAGGUUACGCUGAGGACAAACUUUUUUGGAACCAGGAACGUUUGCACAGAGUUGUUGCCUCUUGUGAAGCCUUAUGGUAGAGUGGUGAAUGUCUCUAGUAUGGUAAGUAGCUCAGCUCUGGGAGGCUGCAGCCAAGAACUACAGCAAAAGUUUCGCAGCAACACAAUCACUGAGGAUGAGUUAGUGGAACUCAUGACCAAAUUUGUGGAAGAUACCAAGAAAAGUGUGCAUGAGAAAGAAGGAUGGCCAAAUACUGCCUAUGGGGUAUCCAAAAUUGGUGUCACAGUCUUGUCCAGGAUUCAAGCCCGGAUGUUAAAUGAGAAAAGAAAAGGUGACCACAUCCUUCUCAAUGCCUGCUGUCCUGGAUGGGUGAGAACAGACAUGGCAGGUCCUAAAGCCACUAAAUCACCAGAUGAAGGGGCUGAGACCCCAGUUUAUUUGGCCCUUUUGCCUUUGGAUGCUGAUGGUCCUCAUGGCCAGUUUCUUAGUAACAAGACUGUUCGAACCUGGUAAGCUUGUGUGUGUGGACUUGUGCAAGUGGUGAUAUGAUGUGAAUUGGCCUGUUCUGUGGUAGGGCUAUUACCCAGAGCAGUCUUAUCCCAUCCCCAGCAGCAACAGGGUCCUUUACCAUUGCAACGAGCAUUACAGUUAGGGUACUCCUCUGGUAUUAAGUCUGUGCUAGGCUACACUUCCCAACAGUCUGCAUUAGCCUGCUCACAGUAUUGACUGUGUAGCCUGGAAUCUGUUUUUUGGGCGUUCCAGCCAAGAUGAUACUGGCUAAUCUGGUCCUAAUGUAGAGGUGCCUGACCUUAUUUACGUGAAUUUACUCUUAAUUAAGUCAUUGCCAACCCUUCUUCCACUCACCGUGAGACAGGUCUCUGCCAUGGAGUUAGGAUGAGGAAGCAGAUGCCUUACACAUUCUCAGCACAAUAGAUCUCUUUCAAGGGACCAUAACUGCUUCUUGAGGUUGUAUGGGGUUUCUUAAAGGGGGGAGGGGGUCAUCCUUAGAGCUGCAGUAUGACCAGUCUGGGGGGAGAUUAAUAAGACCAGAACAGAAUCACUGCUAUAUAGAGGCUCAUUACUAUCGGUAAAAAAUGGAAUUAGGUGAAAAUAAAAACAGCGGUGAUAUACCAUUAAUAGGAAAACUUAAUCAGUUGGCUUUAUUAAUAUGUAUGUCAAUAAAUGAUUACUUCCUGUUUUGUCUUCAUCCAACUGGCUUAUUCUGAUACUAAAAAUUUAUGAUGUUUGAAAAUACACUUUCAUUUUCUGCAGCUAAGUUUGUAGCUGGAAUGUGUGAUCUUUGGACUAUAUAAAGAGAAAAUAAACUAUAGAAUUGAUAUAGUAAA